GCAUGCGGAAGCCUGGCGCGCCGGAAGUCGGUCCGGAAGCACACUGACGGGAAGCCUCGUCAUCGACAGGAUCUUAGCCGCUGUUGCAAAACUCGGCUCGAAAACAUUCCAGCCAGCUCACACGCCGUCGGCCACGCUAGGGUACAGUCAUCCGAGCGGUAACAGUUGACUGCAACCUCAAAAGCAAUCAUCUACGGGUCGUCCCAGGGCGUCCCAAGUGCGUGGUCCAACUUCGUCUAGUGCUCCGAAGCCGCCACCCCCCCCGAAAGCAGCCAAGAUGGAGGCCAUCAAGAAGAAGAUGCAGGCGAUGAAGCUGGAGAAGGAUAAUGCGGUGGACAGAGCAGAGACCGCGGAACAGCAGUCCAGGGAUGCCGCCCUGCGCGCCGAGAAGGCCGAGGAGGAAGUCCGCAGCUUGCAGAAGAAGAUUCAGUCCAUCGAGAAUGAGUUGGAUCAGGUGCAGGAGCAGCUGUCCCAGGCCAACAACAAGCUGGAAGAGAAGGAUAAAGCCCUGCAGGCUGCCGAGGCGGAGGUGGCUGCGCACAACAGGCGCAUCCAGCUGCUCGAGGAGGACCUGGAACGCUCUGAGGAACGACUCAAGAUCGCCACCCAGAAACUGGAAGAGGCCUCGCAGGCCGCUGACGAGAGCGAACGCAUUCGCAAGGCACUGGAGAACCGCACCAACAUGGAGGACGACCGGAUCACGCUGCUCGAGAACCAGCUGGGACAGGCGAGGCUCAUCGCGGAGGAGUCCGACAAGAAAUACGAAGAGAUGGCCCGCCGCAUCGCACUCCUGGAGGCAGACCUGGAGAGGGCCGAGGAGAGGGCCGGCACGGGAGAAAGCAAAAUUGUGGAGCUUGAGGAGGAGCUGCGAGUGGUUGGCAACAACCUGAAGUCCCUGGAAGUCAGUGAGGAGAAGGCCCUGCAAAAGGAGGAGACCUACGAGGGCCAGAUCCGACAGAUGACCAGUAGGCUCCAAGAGGCCGAAGCGAGAGCCGAAUUUGCCGAGAGGUCGGUGCAGAAGCUCCAGAAGGAAGUGGACAGACUGGAAGACGAGCUUGUCCAGGAGAAAGAGAAGUACAAAGCUAUCUCGGACGAACUGGACCAGACCUUCACAGAGCUCACCGGGUACUGAGCAGCCUCCCAGCGCCAUCCAGCCACCGUUUCUACCGCUACCAAGUCGUCUCUUCCUUCUUCCUCCUCGCCGUUUUUUGGGGUAGCCUUCUAGUACUGGACGAAGGGGAGACGGGGACGAGCAAAGGGUCUGCCGCCGCAGCCGUAAAAAAGAAAAAUAAAGACGGCAAUGAGGUUCGCGGGAUGUUCGUUUUUCGCUUUCUCGUUGCCGUACCGCCCCCUUUCCUCACUUACUUCUCUUGCUCUUUUUUUUGGUUAGUGCCGCCUUCAUCUUCCGCUGUUGUUGUCUUUUUUAUUUUUUUUUUGUGGUCUUCCUUCGGAAAUUGUGCUCACUUUUGAAGGAAGCGCGUCACCUUCCCCCUCUCUAUUGCUCUUGUUUUUUUUUAACCUCUUUUUAAAGUCGACGGGAGUGUAUACACCGACCCAUCAUUUGGAAAUGAGCUUGUGCAGAAGUGUUCCUUUUAUUUCUCGAAGAGCAAAUCGUCUGUGCACGCUUCGCUGCUUAGCCAGCGACGUCAAAGACUUGGGUCGGUGUAUCCGUCCUCCCUUUAUUAUUUUUUUUGCGACAGGGUUUGAGAAAAAACGAGGAAGAGGAUGUUAAGUUUGUCUAGGAGAAACAAGAAAGCGAGCAUGGUGUGUCGAUCGUCUUACUUCUCGGAGGAAAAGAAAAAAAAAAAUCUGAUGCCUUCUUAGCAGUUGCGCGGAAUCAGCGUCGCGGCCUCUCGCGCCGAUGCAAGAGUGACUGACGAACCAAAACUGCCAAGCGAUUUGUACGCCAAUAUAUCUGGUAAUAAAUGACCAUAUUUAAAGGUG